UCGUAAUUUUGGCGUUACAGGACACACAAAAUUAAAUUUUUUUAUAAAUAAUUGUUCUCAAUAUAACGACUCCACUCUUCACAUUUUUAACAAUUUUCACGAACCAAAAAAGUCUCCAGUGCGGGUUGCGUGCGCAGUGGAUAUAAUCCAGAAACCCGUGCCUUCCCGACGUUCCCGCAAUCGGGCGAGCUCUCUUUUCACUUCGAAGGUCCACCAUUAGAGCACUCUAUCCAUCACCGUACCGUCUCUUCCUCUCCCGUAACACGGAGACUGAAAGCUGAUGAUGUUUUCAGUUUGCCCUUUCUGCCAAUGUAAUGUUCUUCCUGCUGAGCUUGAAUGGCAUGCAAACAAUCAUUUUUUAGAAGAUGAUUUUGAAAAGGACAUGCAACUAGCAAGACAAAUUUCACUCGAACUCCCAACCUCAAGGCUCAAGGAUGCACCAGCUUAUCUUGAGCAGCCUUCUGGUGGUUUUUCCGGAGGGAGUUCAGAAAUUAGCAAAUCAACCUUCAAUGAAAAUCAUCUUGGAUUGAGGGAAGUUCUCCUUCAAGAACGGAUAUCUUGUUUAGUGGGCUUGCAGACUAAAAGCACCUUCUACAGAGUUGAAGGUGGCAUCAUGAACUUAUUGAGGAGAUGCCUCCAGUUAGAAAAUAGAAAAUGUAUAAGCGUAAUAUCAGGUUAUAUCGAUCAUUAUCAAAGUGUUGAAUCAGAAGAUUAUGGCUGGGGUUGUGGUUGGCGAAACAUUCAAAUGCUUAGCUCUCAUUUGUUGAUGCAAAGAAAAGAAGCAAGGGAUGUUUUGUUUGGUGGCUCAGAAUUUGUUCCUGAUAUUCCUUCGCUCCAAAGGUGGCUUGAGAUUGCCUGGGAAAGAGGAUUUGAUGUACCUGGUUCAAAUUCUUUUAACAAGGAAGUCUACGGCUCAAAAAAAUGGAUUGGUACUACCGAAUGCGCAGCACUCUUCCGUUCCUUUGGACUUCGGGCUAGGGUUGUGGACUUCGAUAGUUUACCAUCUUCUUCGCCAUCAACAUCUUAUACAAGUUGGAAGCAUGGAAAACAUUCAAACCCUGGAUAUUUUAGAUGCAAAAUGAUUGAAAAACAAGUGUACGGGCCAAUGGACAAGUUCUUACAGCGAAGCCAAAGUGAAAAGAACAGCAGCAUACAAGAUCAUGAUAGCUCUUAUAAAGGAGAGAAUAUCAGCGGAGAUCAGGUUCUCAUGGAGUGGAUCUGGAAUUACUUUACUCAUGAGGCAAGCUGUAGGUUAGAUGAUCUUCAAGAUGCUUUUAUAAGCCAGAAAACGCCUUUGUAUUUCCAGCAUGAUGGCCAUUCAAGAACUGUCGUUGGAAUCCAAAUGCAGAAGUCUGUGAAAGGGCCUGAAGAAAGAUAUUCUCUAUUGAUUCUAGAUCCUGGCCAGAGGACAAGAGAUUUAGAGAAGACUCUAAGAGAUAAUAAUGGAUGGCAGAAGCUUAUAAAAAGAGGAAUUCACACACUGAAAAAGCCACAGUACCAGUUAUGUUACGUUGAUCCUGGAGUUUCCUAUGAGGAAUGGGAAGAUCUCAAGACCAUUCAUAGCGAGUACAUCAGAUUCUACAAACGAUGAAGUCAAUGACACCGGAUAUAGCUUAUCGUCCAGAGGCGAAUCAGGUGCAACCACACCAUCAGUAUCUAGCUGCGGUACCAAGUAGAGGGUGAUGUGACACAUUUUCAUUGGACUCUGGACGGCGUUCGGUGUCCACGCAUAAUAAUUCAUAUGAAGUGAAGUUGGGUGUAUCCUAGACAUUUUGUAGUAUUUUAGCUAUGCUCUGUUGGAUCUGGCGACCCAUCACCGUUUUAGAGCUUCUCAAAAGUAGCAAGCUCUCUCAGGUGUUGAUGUUUGAGAGGAAUUCCUUUUCAAUCAGGCUUUCUCAUAGCCAAGCAAUUUACGACUAGGGUAUGGUCA